AUGGCCGCUUCCCAACCCUUGACGAUAAUGCUAUGCUGGAAGUUUACUACCGAUUACGAUGGAACGUUGAUGGCUACUAAUCCUGAUCAACCGAUUUUAGAGACCGCACGAGAGUCGUGCAUUAAGCCUGGGCAUCUUAUGAACCGAGGUAAAUCAGCCACAGUCUCCAGCAACAUCUCCAUCUUGGAUAAGUUCCUCGAUAUCCAACACCUAUUCUGUGGUGCUGACGUAUUUGCGACCAACAAGAAGACUACAACAACCUCGGAUUGUUGUUUAAUACACCUGCUUCUAUCACUGUCCAAAUCUGGUAACUACCUCGUAAGACAACAAUUUAUCAAGUCCAAGCCAUUGGUACAGAUGGCACUCGGAGUGGUGUUAAAUUAA